GUUGCCGGUAAUUCAAGGCUUUUAGCUGAGCCACAAAACUGGUACUGGCGCGCGGAUGACUUUCUAGGCGGAUUGAUGUUCUGGUGGGAUUUAAAAAAUGUUAAUCAAGAAUUGUUACUAAUUUUUGAUUUUUUUUCAUACUGGGGUUUUGACCGUAAAAAAGCAAGUGAAUGGGAGGAAAAGCGUAUGAAGAAACAGAUUAAUAUUCACCAAUCAAUUAAUGGAAGUUUAAAUGGGCCUGUAGUAAAUGGAGGGAUAAUUGAAGUGCGACUAGCAAAGUCUUUGAUGAAGGACGACGAUUAUUCUAAAAAAAUUGCCAAGUCAUUCAAUAUCUUAAUCUUUGAAAUCAAACAAGGUGAAGAAGAAAUUCAGAAGCCACAGAACGAAGUUGACAUUCGUAAUAAGCUACUUGCGAUUUUGACUUCACAACAAUAA